AUGGCCGCCCCGGAGCGACUCUGCGAGCUGUGGCCGCGGCGCCGCACGCAGGAGGACCCAGGCUCCCUGCAGCAGUGGCUGAAGGCCUACGUGGGCGCCUUCGAGGAGAGCAUCUCGCUGUCCUCGCUGGAGCCGCGCAGGCGCGAGGAGGCGGGAGCCGAGGCGCCGUCGCUGCCCCCGGAUGCGCUGCGUGUGCUGGCCGAGCAGCUGGACCAGGGGGACCUGGAGCAAAGCCUGCUGCUGCUCAAGCUCUUCGCCAUCCUGGGCAGGAACCCGGAGAGCCUGGAGGCCGGCUGCGGGCAGGCGCUGGCGCCCCGCGUCCUGGCGCUGCUGACCCGGCUGGUGGCCCAGCUGAGAGGGCGCCCCCCGCCGCCGGAGGGCCGUGCGCUGGAGGAGGCGGCCCUGCAUGCCCUGCUCCUCUGUGAGCGCCUCUUCGACCCCCACCAGGCCCGCGGGGACGUCGUCGGCGCCAAGGAGAAAGGCAAACGCAAGUUGCCUCCUGCGGCUCUGCCUGCGGAGUUUGGGGCCUUCUUCGCAGAGAGCCUGCAGGAGGCAGAGCGCCUGCCCCCCACGCUGCUGCUGCAGCUCCUCCAGCUCUUCGGGGCCGUCCUGGCCGGAGGGAAGGAGAACGGGCAGCUGGCCCUGAGCGCCGGCUCCGUGCAGGGCCUGCUGGGCGUGGUGCAGGGCUGGGGCCGCGGGGCCCAGGACCCCCGCCUGGUGGCGCUGGCGCUGGAGGCGCUGGUGGGCGCCGUCCACGUCCUGCAUGCCAGCCGCACGCCCCACCGAGGCCCGGAGCUGCACGCCCUGCUGGAGGGCUACUUCCGCGUCCUGAACGCCGACUGGCCGGCCGCGCCCGGCCCCGAGGCGGUCCUGGUCAGCCUACGCGUCGCCAUGCUGGACGCCAUCCCCCGGAUGCUGGCCUGCGAGGACCGACCGGUGCUGCAGGCCACCUUCCUCAGCAACAACUGCUUCGAGCACCUCCUCCGCCUCAUCCAGAACAGCAAGGUGCUGGACCAGGACUCGGACGCCAUCGCCGUCCACGUGGUCAAGGUGCUGACCUGCGUCAUGAGUGGCUCCCCCUCGGCCAAGGAGGUGUUCAAGGAGCGCAUCGGCUACCCCCACCUGCACGAGGUUCUGCAGAGCCACGGCCCCCCCACCCACCGGCUGCUGCAGGAGCUGCUCAACAUGGCCGUGGAGGGCGACCACAGCGCGUGCCCGCCGCCACCCGUGCGCAACGAGCAGCCGGUGCUGGUGCUGACGCGCUGGCUGCCCGCGCUGCCCGCUGAGCUGCAGCUCUUCCUGGCCCAGCGCCUGGCGCGGCUCUGCGACAGCGGCCCCGCCAGCCGCGCCACCUGCGUGCGGGCCGGGCUGGUGGGCUGCCUGCUGGAGACGCUGGGCGCGGGGGCGGCCCUGGGCGCCCGCUGCCGGGACCAGCUGCUGGCGCUGCUGCAGGCCCUGGGCCGCGUGUCGCUGAGGCCCCGGGAGCUGCGCCGCCUGCUCCGCCCGCCCGCCGGGCUGGACGCCGGGCCGGGCGGGGCCGAGGGCGCAGGUGCCCGCCACGCGGGCGCCGUCAUCCGCGUGCUGUCGGGCAUGGCCCGGCCCCGGGGCCCCGCGCGCGCCCUGCACUACUUCGACCUCACACCCGGCAUGGCGGGCAUCAUGGUGCCCCCCGUGCAGCGCUGGCCGGGCACCGGCUUCACGUUCCACGCCUGGCUCUGCCUGCACCCGGCGGCCGCCGCCCCGGCCCCGGCCCCGGCCCCGGCCCCCGCCCGGCGUCUCCAGCGGAAGCAGCUGUACAGCUUCUUCACCAGCAGCGGCUCCGGGUUCGAGGCCUUCUUCACGGCGGCCGGGACCCUGGUGGUGGCUGUGUGCACCAGGAAGGAGUACCUGACCCUGAGCUUGCCGGAGGUUUCCUUUGCCGACUCUGCCUGGCACUGCGUGGCCAUCGUCCACGUGCCCGGCUGGCUCUUCAGCCAGAACCUGGUGCACGUCUACAAGGACGGCCACCUGGUCAAGACCGCGCCCCUCCGCUGCCCCUCCCUCACCGAGCCCUUCUCCUCCUGCUGCAUCGGCUCCGCCGGCCACCGCACGACCACCACCACCACGGGGCUGCCGGCGCCAGCGGCGCCCACCGCCCUGGCUCCCACGCACCCCUCCCUCACCCGCUCCCAGUCGGUCCCGGCGACGGCGGGGCUGGGCUGGGGGGCGGGGCUGGGGGCCGCUCCGCAGGAGGGCAGCAUCAGCUCCACCCUCGCAGGCACCCAGGACACGCGCUGGGGCAGCCCCACCUCCCUGGAGGGCGAGCUGGGGGCCGUGGCCAUCUUCCAUGAAGCCCUGCCCGCGGCGGCCCUGCAGGCCCUGUGCAGCCUGGGGCCCAACGAGACAGCACCCUUCAAGCCCGAGGGCGACCUGCACGAACUGGGCGCCAAGCUGCUCCUCCAUUACUCCCCUCAGGCCUGUCAGGACAACAUGUGCCUGGACCUGUCCCCUGGGCACGGGCUGGACGGCCGCCUGACCGGCCACCGGGUGGAGACCUGGGACGUGAAGGACGUGGUGAACUGUGUGGGCGGCAUGGGCGCCCUGCUGCCCCUCCUGGAGCGAGUGGCCGCGCAGCCCCUGGAGGCCGAGGCAGGUCCCGCUGAGACGCACGACCUUGUGGGGCCCGAGCUGACCUCUGGCCACAACACCCCGGGCCUGCCCCUCGCCCUGAACAAGUCCCCAGAGGAGCGGAUGGAGAGGAACGCGGUGGCGGCCUUCCUGCUGAUGCUGCGGAACUUCCUGCAGGGCCACCCCGUGAACCAGGAGAGCCUGGUGCAGUGCCAGGGCCCCGCCAUCCUCGGGGCGCUGCUGCGCAAGGUUCCCGGCAGGGCCAUGGACAUGAACGUGCUGCUGGCUGCCCAGCUGCUGAUGGAGCAGGUGGCCGCCGAGGGCAGCGGGCCCCUCCUGUACCCUCUCUACCACCACCUGCUCUUCCACUUCCACCUCUGGGCCCUCAGCGACUUCCCCGUGCGCCUCGGCCACGCCCACUACCUGGCCAGCGUGGUCCGCAGGCACCGACAGAAGCUGCAGAAGAAGUACGGGGUCCAGUUCGUCCUCGACGCCCUGCAUGCCCACUACAGCUCACAGCGGGAGUGCCCCCUGGCGGCCGACGAGCUGCGCACAGUGCAGACCUCCCUCCUGGAGCUGGUGCAGGAGCUCCUGGUGCGGGGUUCCCUGGCAGAGGACCUGCCGGUGGUGCUGAGCUUCCUGGCGGCUGCGGGGGACGCCGGCCUGGUGCUGGGCACCCUGAACUUGCUGCUGGCCCUGCUGCACGGCUCGCCUGCCCAGGAGCUUGUGGCGGGCUUCCUGCUGGAGCCGGGAAACCUGGAGGUGCUGCUGGCGCUGCUGGUGCGACCGUGGCCCCUGCCUCAGCUGCCCGAGCGCAUCUGCAAGGUCCUGCGCAGGCUGCAGCGGAGCGAGCACCCGGCUGAGCACGGCCGGCAGCGGCUCCGGCUCCGAGAGGGCGGCCUCCAGGGGCUCGUCGCCUGCCUGCCCGAGGGCGCGGCCUCCCUCCAGCUCUGCCAGGGCCUCUACAAGCUGUUCCUGGGCACAGACUGCCUGAGCCUCUCAGACCUGAUGGCCGUGGUGCAGCUGUCCCUCCAGGCCGACCUCAGCGUCCGCCUGGACAUCUGUCGCAAGCUCUUCCACCUCCUCUACGGGCAGCCUGACGUGGUGCGGCUGCUGGCCCGGCAGGCCGGCUGGCAGGAUGUGCUGACCCGGCUGUACGUGCUGGAGGCCGCCCCGGCCCGCAGCCCCCCGCCCUUCCCGCCCGAGCGGCCCGCCUCCCCGGAGCCCGCCCCACCCCGGCCGCCCUCCGAGUCCCCCGAGCCCUCGGACGUCUUCCUGCCCGCGGAGGGCCCCAGCCCCGGCCCCGACCCCGACCCCUUCUACCACGCCCUCUCCCCGUUCUCCCCGCCCUUGGACCUGGGCCUGGAGCGGUCCAGCGUGGACUCGGGCAACAUCGCCGGCGGCGGCGGCAGCGGGACCCUCACCCCGGCCAGCCAGCCGGGCACACCGUCCCCGCUGGACGGCCCCCGGCCCUUCCCCCCGGCCCAGGGCCGCCACAGCUCCAGUCUCUCCAACGUGCUGGGGGACGGCAGCCUCCCGGAGCCCACCACCAGCGGGGACGACACCUCUAACACCAGCAACCCCCAGCAGCCCCCCGAGGAGGAGCUGUGCAACCUGCUCACCAACAUGCUGUUCCUGGUGACGUGGCGGGGCGUGGAGGACAGCGACGAGGCCGCCUGGCGGGAGCGUGGCCAGGUCUUCUCCGUGCUCACCCAGCUGGGGGCCUCGGCCACCCUGGUGCGCCCCCCGGACUGCAUCAAGCGCAGCCUCCUGGAGAUGAUGCUGGAGUCGGCCCUGAGCGACAUCAAGGAGGCGGCGGCCACCAAGGCGGCCUCCGUGGAGAGCCUGGCCGGCCUCACCCGGCAGGUGCUCUGGCUGCUGCGCCUGCUGCAGGACUUCCUGCACUCCGAGGGCCAUGGCAGCCAGGAGCUGUGGAGCGAGAAGCUCUUUGAAGGCGUGUGCAACCUGCUGGACCGCCUGGGAGCCUGGUCCCACCUGGCCAACGGCCCGGGGGAUCUCCGGGAGAUGGCCCAGAUCGGCUUGCACCUGGUGCUGGGCUACAUCCUGCUGGAGGACCCGCAGCUGCAUGCCCAGGCCUACGUGAGGCUGCACUCGCUGCUGCAGACCGCGGUGCCCAUGCGGCGAGAGGAAGCCUGCUACGUGCUCUCCAAGCUGGAGGCGGCGCUGGCGCGGGCCCUGAGCACCGCCCGCUGCGCGGCGGCCGCCGGGGAGCGCUGCUCCUGGCUGGUGCCGCUGGUGCGGACGCUGCUGGACCGCGCCUACGGGCCGCUGGGGCUGCAGUGGGGGCUGCCCUCCCUGCCGCCCACCAACGGCAGCCCCACCUUCUUCGAGGACUUCCAGGCCUUCUGCGCCACCCCCGAAUGGCGCCACUUCAUCGACAAGCAGGUGCAGCCCACCAUGUCCCAGUUCGAGAUGGACACCUACGCCAAGAGCCACGACCUCAUGUCUGGCUUCUGGAACUCCUGCUACGACACGCUCAUGAGCAGCGGGCAGCGGCGCCAGCGGGAGCGCGCCCUCAGCAGGCAGGCUUUCCAGGAGCUGGUGCUGGAGCCGGUGCAGCGGCGGGCGCGCCAGGAGGGGCUGCGCUUCGGGGCGGCGCUGAAGCAGCAGGCGGCGCAGCUCUCCACGGCGCUGCUGCACUGGGGCGCCCUCUGGCGGCGCCUCUGCAGCCCCUGCGGCGCCUGGGCCCUCAGGGACCCGCCCCCGCCCCGGUGGAAGAUGUCCAGGGCCGAGACAUACUCGCGCAUGCGUCUGAAGCUGGUGCCCAACCAUCACUUCAACGCCCACCUGGAGGCCAGCGCCCUCCGCGACAACCUAGGCGAGGCCCCCCUGACGCCCACCGAGGAGGCCGCGCUGCCCCUGGCAGUGACCAAAGAGGCCAAGGUCAGCUCCGCGCCCGAGGAGCUGCCGGAGGACCAGCUGGGCGAGGACGAGCUGGCCUCCCUGGAGACCGCGAUGGAGGCGGCGGAGCUGGACGAGCAGCAGGAGAAGCUGGUGCUGUCGGCCGAGUGCCAGCUGGUCACGGUGGUGGCCGUGGUGCCGGGGCUGCUGGAGGUCACCACGCAGCACAUCUACUUCUACGACGGCAGCGCCGAGCGCGCGGAGACCGAGGAGGGCAUCGGCCACGACCUCCGGCGGCCGCUGGCCCAGCUGCGCGAGGUCUACCUGCGGCGCUUCAACCUGCGCCGCUCGGCGCUGGAGCUCUUUUUCGUGGACCAGGCCAACUACUUCCUCAACUUCCCCAGUAGGCCGGGCGGCCCCCGGCCCCAGCCCGGCUCCGCGCCGCCCCACACCCAGCUGCGCAACCAGGUGUACAAGUGGCUGCUGCGCCUGCGGCCGCCCACCCACGGCUACCUGAGCAGCCGCUCCCCCCAGGAGAUGCUGCGCGCCUCGGGCCUCACCCAGAAAUGGGUCCAGCGGGAAAUAUCCAACUUCGAGUACCUGAUGCAGCUCAACACCAUUGCCGGGCGGACGUACAACGACUUGUCCCAGUACCCCGUGUUCCCCUGGGUCCUCCAGGACUACGUGUCCCCCACCCUGGACCUCAGCAACCCAGCCGUCUUCCGGGACCUGUCCAAGCCCAUCGGUGUGGUGAACCCCAAGCAUGCCCAGCUCGUGAGGGAGAAGUACGAGAGCUUCGAGGACCCGGCGGGCACCAUCGACAAGUUCCACUACGGCACCCACUACUCCAACGCCGCUGGCGUGAUGCACUACCUCAUCCGCAUGGAGCCCUUCACCUCGCUGCACGUGCAGCUGCAGAGUGGCCGCUUCGACUGCUCCGACCGGCAGUUCCACUCGGUGGCGGCGGCCUGGCAGGCCCGGCUGGACAGCCUGGCCGACGUGAAGGAGCUGAUCCCGGAAUUCUUCUACUUCCCCGACUUCCUGGAGAACCAGAACGGCUUUGACCUGGGCUGCCUCCAGCUGACCAAUGAGAAGGUGGGGGACGUGGUGCUGCCGCCCUGGGCCAGCUCCCCCGAGGACUUCAUCCAGCAGCACCGCCAGGCCCUGGAGUCGGAACACGUGUCCGCCCACUUACACGAAUGGAUCGACCUCAUCUUUGGCUACAAGCAGCGGGGCCCAGCUGCCGAGGAGGCCCUCAACGUCUUCUAUUACUGCACCUAUGAGGGGGCUGUGGACCUGGACCAGGUGACAGAUGAGCGGGAACGGAAGGCGCUGGAGGGCAUCAUCAGCAACUUCGGGCAGACUCCCUGCCAGCUGCUCAGGGAGCCGCACCCGGCCCGGCUCUCCGCGGAGGAGGCCGCCCAGCGCCUGGCCCGCCUGGACACCAGCUCGCCCAGCAUCUUCCAGCACCUGGGCCAGCUCCGGGCCUUCUUUGCGGAGCUCAUCAGCGACGGCGUGCCCCUGGUGCUGGCCGUGGUUCCGCACCGGCAGCUGCACUCCUCCAUGACGCCUGACCUGCUGGUGACCGUGAGUGCCAACGGGCUGCUGGGCACCCACAGCUGGUCGCCCUACGACCGCAACAUAAGCAACUACUUCAGGUUCAUCAAAGACUCCACCAAGGGGCAGCGGCUGCUGAGCGGCCCCUGGGUCCCGGGCGGUGGCCUGAGCGGGCAGGCCCUGGCAGUGGCCCCGGACGGGAAGCUGCUGUUCAGUGGUGGCCACUGGGACGGCAGCCUCUGCGUGACCGCGCUGCCGCGGGGCAAGCUGCUGAGCCAGAUCCACCGCCACCUGGACAUAGUGACCUGCCUCGCACUGGACUCCUGCGGCCUCUACCUCAUCUCGGGCUCCCGGGACACCACCUGCAUGGUGUGGCAGCUCCUGCACCAGGGUGGCGUUUCGGUGGGACUGGCACCGAAGCCCAUACAGGUCCUCUACGGGCACGAAGCCGCGGUGAGCUGUGUGGCCAUCAGCACGGAACUUGACAUGGCCGUGUCCGGGUCGGAGGACGGAGCUGUGAUCAUCCACACGGUGCGCCGUGGCCAGUUUGUGGCGGCACUGCGGCCCCCGGGGGCCAUGCUGCCCGGACCCGUGUCCCACCUGGCGCUGGGGUCCGAGGGCCAGAUCGUGGUGCAGAGCUCGGCGCGGGAACGUCUGGGGGCUCAGGUCACCUACGCCCUGCACCUGUACUCGGUGAACGGGAGGCUGCGGGCCUCCCUGCCCCUGGGGGAGCAGCCCACUGCCCUGGCGGUGACGGAGGACUUCGUUCUGCUGGGCACGGCCCAGUGUGCCCUGCACAUCCUCCACCUGAACAAACUGCUUCCGGCUGCGCCUCCCCUGCCCAUGAAGGUGCCCAUCCGCAGCAUGGCGGUGACCAAGGAGCGCAGCCACGUGCUGGUGGGUCUGGAGGACGGCAAGCUGAUCGUGGUGGGCGCGGGGCAGCCCUCUAAGGUGCGCAGCGGCCAGUUCGCUCGGAAGCUCUGGCGGUCCUCCUCGCGGCGCAUCUCGCAGGUGUCCUCGGGGGAGACGGAGUACAGGCCCGAGGAGGCGCGCUGA